ACUAGUCGAAGAGGCUUUAGAUAUCUUCUCUGAAAUGAAAAGUAAAAGGAUUCAACCGAAUGUUGUCUCUUACAAUUCCUUGAUGCAUGGUCUAUGCAAUUCAGACCAGCAGGAAGAGGCGUCAGCAUUGUUCAAUGAAAUGACGAGUUUCAUCAUCAUGCCAGAUGCAGUUACCUUCAACAUUUUGGUCGAUACACUUUGUAAAAAGGGCAAGAUUUCAGAGGCUCAAGGAAUAGUCAAGACAAUGAUUGAGAAGGGUGUGGAGCCUAGUACCGUGACUUAUAGUUCGUUGAUGAAUGGAUAUCUUUUGCAAAACAGAGUUUUUGAAGCUAGAAAGGUAUUCAAUGCGAUGAUAACCAGGGGCUGUAUACCUGACGUUCUUAGUUACAACAUCUUAAUCAAUGGAUGCUGUAAGGCCCAGAGGAUAGAUGAGGCAAAACAAUUUUUUGAUGAAAUGAGUUUUCGAGGCUUAAUUCCAAACACUGCUACUUACAACACUCUUGUAAGUGGUUUGUCUCAAGCAGGGAGAAUUUUUGAAGCAAAAGAGCUUUUCAAGAAUAUGCAUGUCCAGGGCUGCAUGCCUAAUGUUCUUAGUUACAACAUCUUAAUCAAUGGAUCUUGUAAGGCCCUGAGGAUAGAUGAGGCAAAACAGCUUUUUGAUGAAAUGAGUUUUCGAGGCUUAAUUCCAAACACUGCCAGUUACAACACUCUUAUAAGUGGCUAGUUUCAAGUUGGGAGGAUUUUGGAAGCAGAAGAUCAAGCUUUUCAAGGAUAUGCUUGCCCAGGGCUGCUCCCCUGAUCUAGUAACUUACUCAAUUUUUCUUCAUGGCUUAAGCAAACAAGGUUACCUUGAUCAGGCAUUGGAACUAUUACGAGAAAUGCAAAAUAAUUACUUGAACCCUGAUUUGGUGAUCUAUAAUAUCUUAAUUGAUGCCAUGUGCAAAUCUGGGAAGCUUGAAGAUGCAAGGGAGCUGUUUUUGAAACUCCAUGUCAAAGGAUUGCUGCCUGAUGUUCGAAGUUGGACUUCAAUAAUCAGUGGACUUUGCAGAGAAGGAUUGCUAGAUGAAGCAUACAAAGCUUUCAGACAAAUGGAAAGGGAUGGCUGCCCACCAGAUUGUUGCUCUUACAAUGUUAUUGUCCGAGGAUUUCUCCAGAACAACGGUGCAUCAAGGGCUGAACAACUUUUUCAGGAAAUGUUUGAUAGAGGAUUCUCUGCAGAUGCCCUGACCAGAACCUUGGCGGCAGAUCUGUUGUCUAAAGAUGACAAUCUUGGUUUGAAGAGGUUGCUUGGUGAAUCUGAACGUCGUCAAGAUGAAAAGGUGAUUUAAAUUUUC